AAAUGAGGUAUUCCUACAGACCUGAGUGGGUGUAGUGGUUGGAACUUUUCAAUAGUACUAGUCUUGAUACUUCAACUAAUUAGAAUUUAUUAUUACAUUAGCAUAAUAGUUUUUAGGUGAAAAAGUUAUAGGAAAAUUUAUACAACUCUAAAGGAUUUCUCUUGAAGGAUAGGGUUUCAGAACAAUCAUUUUUAAGUAUUUAUGUCGUUGGUAAGUUCAAUGGAUAACAUGGCAUGUAAUAAAGUGCAACAUGUGAGGAAGGCAAAGAAGAAGCAGGUCAAAGAUGAGCUGGAUCGUCUUAAACAGGCUGAAAAGAAAAAGAGACGGUUGGAAAAAGCUCUAGCUACUUCUGCUGCCAUCAUAUCGGAACUGGAAAAAAAGAAACAGAAGAAGAAAGAAGAACAACAGAGACUUGAUGAAGAGGGUGCUGCAAUUGCAGAAGCUGUCGCUCUACAUGUUCUACUCGGUGAAGACGCAGAUGAUUCAUAUAAGGUUGACUGCAAGACCUGGGAUGAUUAUAAUCAUAAUCUUGAGUUCUUCAUGGGUGGGAAAAGAGCUUGCUUUCCGAAUCUAGAUGGUGGUACAUGGUCCGUCACUGCUGAAAAUGGCAAGUGGUCUAUCUCGUCCGGUCCUUUUGAAAACAACUUGCACGAACCAAUUUACGAAGAAGCAAGAUGGGAUCCUACAAGAUUUUCUGUUGAUCUUAUAGCAGCACAAGCAGUUAGAUCACUCCAAAUUGCAGAGAAUGCAGAUGAGGAUAGGAUACUCUUCUAAUCGGAUGCUCGAAUGUCGCCGGAUUAAUCGUGUCUUUGCUGGUUACUUGAGUCUUUUGUUGUUUUAUUGGAGGUCUUUCAUGUGUAUAUAACUAUAUUAUAUUAUAUAUCGCGAGUCUUGUGUUUGUCAAACAACACAUUCUGCUUCUGCUGUGAUCGAACGUGUUGGCAGUGUCACUGUGUUUUAUUCUGAUUUUGUUUACCUGUAUGUGGAGCUGCUAAUUUUCUUUGUGGAGUGAUGACUUUCAUACUCUGAAGUAUUGUAGGGAAACUAUACGUUUUUGAGCUGAUUAUCAGUGGCAAUAAUAUGAGUGGAGACCUCAUGAUUUACACUAUA